AUGAGUAAUUAUGAAGACAUGGAAACUAUAGAGGAAGGCUCUACUUUUAGAAAUUGGGAUGAAGCAAAAACGGCUAUAUAUCUUUAUGCCAAUAAAAAAGGAUUCAAUUUAUGUAAAUCUAGAAAUAAAAAACAUGAAGGAGGAGAGCUGCGUAAAAGAACUUUUAUUUGUGAAUUUUCAGGAAAACCUCAAAAAAAGAAAACAAAUAGACCAUCAAAAUCUAAAAAAAUUUCAUGUCCUUGGCAUAUCAAUUUAUCUUUACCGGCACAAAAUAAUCAUGAAAAUUUAGUCAAAAUCACAAAUGAAGGUGGAGCAGCUACACAACGAAAAUAUUUACAUGCCAAAUAUCCAGGUCAUCCACUAUCUAAUCAAGAUUUAUCUAAUGCCAUUAUGCAAUAUAAACCAUCUAAAGAAGAUCAUAACACUAUCAUGAUGCUUAAGUAUCUAAUCAAACAAAAAGAAAAUUCGGAAUGGAAGGUAUAUUAUGAUUUUGAACCUGAUAACGAUAUUGCAGAAAAUUUCGAAUGGAUAUUGAAAUGCACAUUAGAUGCUACUAAAGUUGAGCCAAAAACGAUUAUCACAGAUAUGGAACGUGGCAUGGAUACUGCCGUAGAAUGUGUGUAUCUUAAAGCUUGGCAUCGACAUUCGACGUGGCACCUAUCUUUAAAUUUAGAAAAUAACGUAAAAAUAAAACUUGGACCAAAGUAUCAGGAAUUCCUCUAUGAUUUUUUUGCAUGUCGAAAUUCUUUACAGGAAGAAAGCUUUCAAAAAAAAUGGGAUUAUUUAAUUGGAAAUUAUUUAGAAAUUGCUGAUUAUCUAACCAAUACAUUAUAUGAAAGCAAAAAGUAUUGGGCAAAAGCUUUGAUCGAUGAAACUUUUACAGCAGAUAUUGAUUCGAAUUAUGAACUUAUCCAUGAUCCUGUAAAACAAGCAUUGAUCAAUUCAAAUGUUGUAAUUGUCGAACUGAUUGAUUAUAUUAAUGAUCGAAUCGAAAAACAGUUUUAUGAAAAAUAUGAUCGAGAACUAAUUGAAUGGUCGAGUUAUAGAACUAGAGAUGAUAUAAAUAAUGCAAUUGAACAUGCUUUAUCACCUUAUAAUAUAAAUAAUUAUUUAUCACCAGCUUGUGCAAAGUUACAACUUUGUGAAAUAGAACUUUCUCGUGAAAUUGUUGCCAAAAAAUAUGAUAUCGGAGUGAUCGAAAAGAAAAGCAUGGAGGAAAUUGAAGAAAUAGGGCUUAAUUUUCCUUUAGAAAACGAUUGUUAUGCUAAACAAAUUUCACUCAAGAAAUUAUUUUCAUGGAUUGACACGAAAAACAUUAACGAAACGUGGUCCGUUGAUUGUAAAGUUAGUAGUUAUUAUGACCAUACAAAUUAUAUUUUAUUGAUGAAUGAUGGAAGUCAUUUAUGUACUUGUUUAAGAAAUAUUUAUUAUGGCAUAAUUUUUAGACAUUAUUUUCAGGUUAUGAAUCACACACAUAAAGCCAAAUUUCAUAUUACAAUGAUUUCGAAACGAUGGUACCAAUUUUAA